AUGUCCAACUCCCGAACCAAACGCCAGUUCGCCGGCGCAGCGAGCGACCCGGCCCAACGGUCAAUUACCUCAUUCUUCAAAACCACACAGACCAGCGAUGACUCGCAAUUCGACUCUACCAGCGGUGCAUCGCCCACUACGGCCGCUGCUCCGUUAAAUGGUCCAGUCCUCUCGCCCACUAUCCGAUCAAGUCUUCUGAACGUUGGCAUGCGCGUGCGCAAGUCCGUUCCGGAGGGCUACAAGACCGGCAAGAUUGCCUCAGGGUUUCCCUCCUGGAUGGAUGACAGUAACAACACCAACAACAGAAAUCAUAUUGCGGGCUCUGGCGCAAGUGCAUUGGCGGGAAACAACGGCCACAACCGUCCAGUAUCGGCCGCGCCUCCUGCACCCCCCGCCGCCGCCGCCAGUGCCAAUCGGGAACUCACCCCCUUUUGCGGGAUCCACAAAAUCGGCGGGUACGCCGUCCAAGACAACGACAGCGCUGCUUUGAGCAGUCAAAAUUCGAACUCCAGCAGCACCAUUAGCAAUCCUUCUUCAAUCCGCUUCGCGAUGACGCAGGUCCAGGAUGCUGCCAAUCGCAAGCGCAUCCAUGAAGACGGAAGCAGCGAAGAAGGCGGUGCAGGACUCUUUGGCGAGGACAUGGAUUGGCGUCGUCGCGAGGAGUUUUACGAUGACCAAGAUGAGGAGAGAGCCCCGCGCAGCUUGGAGCCUAUGGCUUGGUGUGGAGGGGGGAACAAGACGAAUACUAUUGCCAAUGACCGCAGGGUAAUGGCAGUGCCCAAGAGACGGGGAUCUCAGUUCACCCAGACUACCAUCAACUUUGGGGGGUAUGUCCCCCAGUCUCCUGGUGUCGCCCCGGUAGAUGAUUUCGAGGAGGCGCCUUUCUUGGAUUAUGGGCUGAGUCAUUAUGGGGGAAGAAGUGGGCAUAUGGAUAUGGAUUAA